CCCUUAGCCAAGAUGGCGGCAACGGCGGGCAGAUGCUGUGCGGGCAACGGGCGGUGAAGCCGCUUCCGCCGCCGCGGCCUCGCCAGCAAUAAAAAUGGCGGCGUCGGUGCUGGAAGUUGUGGGCAAGCUGCAGUCGCGGCUGGCGGGCAGCUCCGAGCCCAAGAAGCUGCUGAAAAGUCUGAAGAGGCUGUCUGAGCUGCCCAUCACGGUUGACAUUCUUGUGGAGACAGGUGUUGGGAAGACCGUGAACAGCUUACGGAAACAUGAGUUGGUGGGAGACUUUGCCAAGAACCUUGUAGCCAGGUGGAAGAAGCUGGUGCCGGUGUCCCAGGAGGCAGACAGAAAUAACGUAGAUUCUGAAGACCGUGACUAUGAGAGGAGCAGUUCAAGCAAAAGACAUCAGGAGCCCUCCCUCAGAGAGGAUGAGGAACCUGACCAGGAGUAUUCAGAACCCUUCCAGCCAUCCUGCAGCCAGUCUUAUAGCCCAGAUCAUAGGGAAAAGAAGUCCAAAAGGUAUCCUAGGCCUGAGAGAGUCCAUGAGACUUACAGCUAUAGCGGCCACGAGGGGAAGGGUUGGGGCAGAUCUUCCCCAGUGCUCUCUUCAGAUCAGGAGUAUUCGGACUGUGGACAGGCUGGGUCACCUGAGCCAAGUGAGAGCCCUCAGGACAUGUACACAGACCCUUAUGCCUCUGAGGAGCAGGAAGAACCAACAGUAUUUCAUCGGAAAGCCAGUAAAGGCCACAGCUUUCAGGAGAAGCUGCAGGGGGGCCGGGAAAGGAACCCUGGUGAGUUCCAUGACAAAGGGAAUGUGAGUCGAAGCAAAGAUCAUAAGUCUCACAAGAAGCAGCGACUUGAUGGCAGAGAGGAGGACAGGAGCUCUGCCUUCAGCCCAGAACGAUUGCACAAAACCUCUUUGAAAGAGCAGCUCCAAGAGGCCCCCGUGGCAUGGGGCAGCAAGGAGAAGCAGAGGAUGUCAGAUGGCAGCAAGAAGGAGAAGAACCGAGAGAGUGGUGCUUCCAGAAAGGAGAAGCUGCCCAUGGUGCCGCACGCAGGGGAGGCUUUGGACAACCACGUUAAGAAGCAGAAACAUCGGGACUCUGAGAAAGGCAAAUUGGAAAAGCCCAAGUUGAGCUUGGAGCCCUCGAACUCUGAGCGGGAGAAACGAAAAGCUGAGAGUGACUCCUCAAACAGGGUUAAAGAGAAGGGGAUUUCUGGGAGCUUAAAAUCUGCAGAGGGGAAGCGCAAAGCCUCUGACCCAGACAGAAAGUCUGUGGGCUUCUCCUCCAGCUUUGGGGAGGGGGAAGUGGAGGAUGAGUUUGAACAACCAACGAUGUCCUUUGAGUCGUACCUCAGCUACGACCAGCCCCAAAAGAAGAAGAAGAAAGUGGUCAAACCUUCUGGACCAGCUGGGGAGAAAGACCGAGGGCACAGCAAACAGAACGGAUCCAAAGCCAGCACCAACAGCUCGAGCUCGAGUCGGAAAAGUCCAAGCCACAAGCGAACAAGUGAGAAGAAAGCAGAGAAGAAAGUACCAGAGUCUCCUAAACCAAAGAGGAUACUUUUAGAUGUGGUACCAACGUUACCAGAGAUCCCACUGCCUCCAAUCCAGGCCAAUUACCGCCCUCUUCCUUCAAUCGAGUCCAUUACCUGCUCCCAGACCAAAAGGAAAGCAGUGUCCUCGCCGGUUGAAGAGAGUGAAGCGGGUUUCACAGGGCGCCGGUUGAAUUCAAAGAUGCAAGUGUAUUCAGGCUCUAAAACUGCCUACCUCCCCAAGAUGAUGUCUCUGUAUCAGCAGUGCAUCAGAGUCCUCAGUAACAACAUUGACUCAAUCUAUGAAGUGGGUGGUGUCCCUUUCUCGGUGCUGGAGCCAGUAUUGGAGAGAUGCACCCCAGAGCAGCUGUACCGCAUUGAGGAAUGUAACCAUGUCCUCAUCGAGGAUACGGAUCAACUGUGGCACAAUCACUGUCUGCGAGACUUCAAGAACGAGAAGCCAGAGGAGUUUGAGUCCUGGCGGGAGAUGUACCUGCGCCUGCACGACGCGCGGGAGCAGCGGCUGCUCAUGUUGGCGCGGAACAUCGGCUCCGCUCAUGCCAACAAACCCAAAGGUAGAGUGGCCAAAAUGGCAUUUGUGAACUCUGCAGCAAAGCCCCCUCGGGAUGUACGAAGGAGACAAGAGAAGUUUGGAACUGGAGGACCUCUGCUGCCGGAGAAGACAAAAAUAAAACCAGUCCUGUACACAUCUAGCAAAAGCCACACUCGUGUGAGUGAGGAGCAGUCCUAUGAUGGGCCCAGCACCAGCAGUGCCCAUUCUGUCCCAUCUUCAGGUAGCACCUUCUCCUCCUACGACCCCAAGAAACCACCAGUGAAGAAAAUUGCACCCAUGAUGGCAAAGACUAUCAAAGCUUUCAAAAACAGGUUCUCUCGGAGAUAAGCUUGCAGUGCAGAUCUGGGACUUGCCCUCUGGUGGGGAGUGGCACUGAAGGGGGAGAAGGUACUCACAGCCCUUUUCCUUGAACUCUUUGGAGGCUGCAGCUGCUGGGAGAAGCUUUGAUCUGCACAAGACAACAGCACAGUAUUUUAUCUUCUAUUCUGGUCCCUUUCUCAGUGUCAAGCCCCCUCUUUUCCACCUGCCCUUAACAUCCUGUUUCUGGCUUUGUUGUCCGUCAAAAGGAGGGUGUACAAAACCUCCCGACACAAGAAAAUGUGAAGUCUUGGCACCUGCUGAGAGUGGAAGAUCAGAGACUAUUUACUAUUUAACCUCUUCAUAAAUUAUAAAAUGGUUUUAAUUAAUAUUUUGCCCCCUCUCCCACUGGUAUUUAUGUUGCUCCCAGGAGUCUUCCCCCUCCUGAUGCAGUGCGAGGGUCAGCCUCUCUGUGGCUCCAUCUGGCCGAGUGGACACUGGGUGUCCUUCCUUGUGAUCUGGCACCUCCUGGGCUCCCUGGGACAGGCAGCACCCAUCUGCUCACUGCUCUUUUGGCAAGUGUGUCAAGUCCUGAGGCUUUGCUCUCUGCUUGUGUCUCUUAAUCUUUGCUCUUGACCUUCUCUCUGCUGUUACUGUAGAUCUUGUCCGGAUGCUUACAUUGUUGUGCAGGGAUGCCAAGAGCCACUGGGGACUUUUUCCUCUGCUGCUGCUGUUGUCUUCUGCUGGGAAUAAAACUACAAAGGGCUUGGGGAGAAAUCUUCCUGUGCACCAAGUCAGAUUUUAACGUCUUUUUCCUUUAUUUUUACUCCUUUUAAUUGAGAAGGUUACAGGGGACUUGGCCUCUGGAAUUGGAAGCAGUUUUUAAAGAUCAAUGAAGGCAUCAAUUUGCCUCUUUUAGUAGGAAGAAGGAAUAUUUUUAUCACGUUUCCUGUGUGCAAUUGGGAAGGAUUUAUUUCCAUUUUAAAUCCUGGCUAUUCCCUGUAUGUCUGCCCCCACUUUGGAAAAAGCAAGGGUUUUAGUCUUGGAACCUAAACCCACUUGCAUAGUGUUGGAGGGAAGUGAAUAACGGAACGCGGUUUGUGUUUAACGUGUGUAUGAGUGGUAGCAGGAGUUGAGGAAGGGGUUGUACCUGGUGUCUGAGGGGCUGGAGCUCUGUGGCCCCUGGGUGUGGGCCGUUGAGCCUGAUUGUGGUGAAUGCUUCCACUUUUGGGUUACAAAAAUGACCUCACCAGAGGUGGUGUGAGCAGGGGAUGGAGCUGGGCAGACCCAGGUGGUGCAGGGGCAGGCGGCAGCACUGUCAGGGCUCAGAGAUCCGACUGAGUCAGAAAGGGGAGAGGUUCUCCUGGUCCAAGCCAUAUUUGCUGCCCUGGGAUUGUGCUGUCGAGGUGGAAAAGGUGUCGAUGGUGGAUGCUGUUGCUGCUGGCUUUGUGUGGCUGCCAAAUGCUGAACCAGUGGAGUUGUCUGUGCACUGACUGGGGCACCUUGCUGUGCUCCCCAUAGGGCUCUAGAAAAAUCCCUGUAUGCUUCUGGUUUCUGUUGGAUCCUGUGUUUGCUUUCCUCCUUUUUUGUCUUUCUUUAAACCCAUUCUGCACACUUGCCUCUUUGUUUGGGCUUUCCUUUCCUUAUUUUGAAGGUCUUGGAAAAAUGUUCUCAGACUCUCACGUGCUGUAAGUUGGUUACAGUCCCAGAUGCUUUAACGUUCCCGUGCAGCAUUUCAGUGUGUGUUGUGCUGUAAAAUAAUGGCUCCUUACUCUUGCAUUUUUGCUGUAUUUAAUUUUGCUGUAUUUUUAAUUAGAUAACAAUAUAUUAUCUUCUGCUGACCGUUGUGCUACCGUUUAUUUCUCCUCUGUACUUUGGGUUAGGGGCAGAGGGGGAGGGAAGUGGAGUCUGGUGUCAUGGCCAGACCCUAAGGGAGCCUUGAGCAGAGGAGGUGGGCAUUGCUAAACUGCCCCUUGAUGAACACUACAGGAGCCACUCGGAUGUGAUACUGCCCAAAGCAUUGCUGGUACAGGGUGAUGCCCCUUCCCUCUCAACCCUGGGCUUUGCUGCCUGUGUCUCUGUGUUGCAGCUUGGCUGGAUGGCAGGGAGGGGGCCAGAACUGAGGUAGGUGCCCGGGGUGUUACUUGUGCAAUUCCCAUGUGCUCCACACACACACACACGCAUACGAAGGACCGGAGCAGAGCUGCCUCUUCCCCCUUCGCCACGCCGCGGGCAGGAGCGGGGUGACUUUGACUUGCAUUUGUAUUUUGGUCCCUAACUGUGUACAUACACUUUUCUAUGUUCCCUUUUUUUUGUGGUAACUAAGAUGAAUAUUUUAAUUAGAUAAGUUAUAUGAAAAGCCGAAAAUCAUGUCUCAAUAAAAGCCAAACACUGGA